CUUGCUGUUAACACAGAAUUGCACAACUGUCAAACAGAAGUCUUAUAAAUCCAACUAUUAAUACAUAGGUAUCUGGCACAGUUAAGCGACAUGUUCUUUCACACAACUCUAAAAGUAUAGCUCAUAUCUCCUUACAAUUAAUAAUUCAACACAUCACACGAGUAGUGCCACGAGGGUUAUCUCCAACACCUAGGAGACAAAGCCUAAUGACUCUGUUGAUAGCGCAUGACGUAGAUUAAAAAUAAAUAAAUAGAACUGUUUUAAACUACCGUUACGUGUUGUAAAUCAGGUGAAUAUCACAAUUAAAAUCAUUAUGUGUCCAGUUAACCUUGAUUGACGGCCUGACCUGUGUGCUGGGCGUCAAUGUAGCGUUACGUCACGUCAUCAGGCGGAGGGAAGACGCGCUGUCCGAGGUGCUGACAUUUUUAUCCGCUGACCAGAUAGAAUAGAAGACAUAUCAUCUCACCGACUUCAAUGCAACGAGACGGGAAGUAACGCUGAGAAAUAUUUGACUGAUCACGGUGCCCAAGGGACUUACAAAGUAUUAUUUUUGUGUACUAUACUAAACUGUGGCUUUUAAACUUUAAUUAAUUACUUAAUAUGGCAAGUUAAUCUAUCUGGUCUGCUUACAAUACUACAAAACUGAAAGUCAAUAGUAAACAAACUGUUGUGAAGAGAAACUCUAAGCACUGACGGCCAGCCAGUGCAAAACGUAAAGGGUUACCUCCUCGGAGAGUUUAAUGCAAUUUUUUUAGGUGACUCUAGAAGAGAUAUCUGCGCAUCCUACAGUUCUUCGCACUCACCACACUCUACUUUCUGAACAAGAUGUCUACUACAGAGAAAACCGAGACUUCCAAAAGUGACAAAAUGCUCCCUGCGCAGGAGGCCGCCAAAAUCUACCACACCAACUACGUCAGGAACGCGCGGGCCGUUGGCGUCCUGUGGGCGAUAUUCACCAUAUGUUUUUCCAUCAUAGAAAUGGUGGUCUUCAUCCAACCUUACUGGAUUGGGGACAGUGUUAACACCCCGCAGGCUGGCUACUUCGGCCUGUUUCACUACUGUAUCGGCAACGCGCUGACCUCCGAGCUCAUCUGUAAAGGAAGUGCCCUGGACUUUGCAUCCAUCCCGUCCCCAGCCUUUAGGACAGCCCUCUUUUUUGUCGGCACCGCGAUGCUGCUGAUCGUGGGCUGCAUGGGCUGUUUCGUUCUCUUCUGGUUCUGCAACGCCGGGAACGUCUACAAGAUCUGUGGUUGGAUGCAGUUUGCAUCAGGUGUCCUGAUGGUGUUGGGCUGUAUGAUCUACCCGGACGGCUGGGACGCCGCCGAGGUGAAAAGGAUGUGCGGUGAGAGGACAGAUAAAUACACCCUGGGGAACUGUACAGUCCGCUGGGCCUACAUCCUGGCCAUCAUCAGCAUCAUGGACUCCUUCAUCCUGGCAUUCCUAGCCUUCACACUGGGCAACAGGCAGGACAACCUACUGCCGGACGACUUCGAGGUGGAGGGCCAAGAAAAGCAUUGAGGCACUGGAGCAAGAAGAGAUCACGUGUGAAAAUAGAACAUGACAUCAUUCUGGCACUAGGGACCCCAAGGGAAGGGACAUUCCAAGGCCUAUAUCGCUGUUUACACAGGCGACCUACUUCAGAUCGGUUUUUUAUCCACUAAUUGGUCUUUUUAACUACUACAUCAGAUCUUUUCACACAAACUUUUCUCCAGUCGAGCUGCUUGAUCAGAAGACCAAUCAAUUGAAGAAAAAAACCCAUCAGAAUUUGUCUGUGCGAAUGCAAAUUACCUUUUCAUUACAUUCUGUUACAAUCUAGUGUACUAGUUACUUGUGUCCAACAACCUGGUUCUGUGGUGGCCCAUUGCAGCUGUAUUAGGCCAUUUUAAUAUUUUGCAUGAAUGCCGCUUCCUUUAUACAAUAUUACGUUUGUGAUAAAUUGUACAAAUGUUUUGAGUCAAAGUAGGUCCAAACAUUCUGUUUCCUGGUAGGUUCAUUGUAUUUCUCAUGGGAAAAUAAAUGCCUAAGUAUUUGA